UGAGUUUCGACGACCAUAGUCGACGCCGGUUCAACUCUCUGGACAACACGCCAUCGAAGCUCGGACCUAGCGUACUACCAAGGCUGCAAAAUCUGUCCAUCAUGGCACCGGUCUCGAUUCCAGCCCCGAUCGUCCGGCUGUCUUCAUCGGAAGACAUCAUCUCGUUCAUAUCCUCCACUCAGACCGUCUCUCAUGAUGCGGUCUCCGGCAAGCCGCUAUACGUAUCCCCGGCUAUGACGGGCCCGCAAGUGGAGAAGGACCUCAAGAGCAAGCUCGUAAAACUAGUAGCUACGGGAUAUGCGCCGUACGGGAAGCCGUUGGGGGGUGAACAAUCGGUCGAACCCGUCGUCGCGGUCAUUACCGAGGACAAGAUCGUCAGGUUGAUCCAGGCAGAGACGGGCAAGGUGUUCUACGAGAGGACCUUGAUCAAGAAGGCCAGUGCCAUCUCGGUAGAAGAGGACGGUACGGUGAUCGUCUCUGACAAGAAUGGGGACGUCUUUGCCUACCCAUUCGUAGACGACACUUCCCCCUCGCCCAACGGGGUCCCCAAAAUAUCACCCAACCUCAGACCUGAUCCGGUUGCGCUCGCCGGUGAUCCUUCUCUGAAUCCGGAUGCCAAGUUGGUACUCGGCCACGUAUCGACCAACACGGCCCACCUGAUCACGCUCGAUGGGAACCAUAUCAUUACUGCGGACCGGGACGAGCAUAUCAGGGUCAGCCGGUACCCCGAGGGUUACGUGCUCGUCAGGUUCUUGUUUGGGCAUAAACAAUUCGUCUCCUCCCUCUGUAUCCCUCCCUCGCACCCGGAACUCCUCCUAUCAGGCGGUGGAGAUCCCCACAUUCAAGUUCACAACUGGCAGACCGGUCAUCUCCUCCGUCAAAUACCCAUCCUCCCCACACUCUCUCCCUUCCGGACCGUUCGAACGGCCAUGCGUAGAGGUGGGAAACGCGUCCGUCAGGCCAUCGCCCAGGAGGACGCUAGGCUCGUCGCCGAGGGUAAAGGGGACGAGGUGGAGGCGAUGAAGAAAAAGGUGGAGGAUGCUUUGGAAGGCAAGGGGGUCAAGACGCGAAGUCUGACGGAAGAGGAAUGGAAGACGCCGAUUAGGGGGUACAUCUUGCCAGAGGGGGAUGGGAUCUGUGUAGGCAAGAUGCAGGUCGUCGGCGAGAGCGUCAUCUUUUUCUCGGAAGGAUGUUCAUCGAUACAUUCGAUCCCGAUCGCCAACGUCGUCGCACCCACAAGCGUCCUCUCGGCCGUCCACUCGCUACAACUCCCCGUUCCCAUCCUCGACUUUUGCCAACUUCCCUCAACAAGCUCGCCAGACUCGGAAGCGCAGACCAUCUUGCUCAGUACGGAUCCGGCUUGGGAGUACCGGCAGGACGGAGGGAAGAGCUUCUUUCCCAACUUGGACAGCUCGGCUUGGACGAAACACAAGAAGAAGGGAGGUAAGGGCGGCAAGGGCGGUAAGGGGAAAGCCAAGGAGGCUGCAGCGGAGGACGUCGUCAUGGACGAGGAAGAGGCCGCGUUGAAUGCCGAUGCUGCAGAGGAUGUACGGGACUUGGCUGGGUUUACCAAGACGCAGAUCAAGGAGAUGAGUGGGUCGCCAUUCCGAGUCGUACGGGUGCGGGAUGAUGGCAAUCUAGAGGACGUGACUUCGAGCUAUACGGACUAUCUGAAACAGUUUACCGUGCCGACGGCCCCGGUGGACCAGGUCCUUGCUAUUCCAGCCUAUAACAACCUGACGUUCUUCCCCAAAUGGCAAACCGAGGAGGACGAGGAAGAAGCUGCAGCCGAGAUCGACCUGAGCAACCCGGUCAUACAGGACAAGAGCGGGAACAACCGAAAGCGAGCGUUGGGUAGGCUCAAGGCGAAGGGUGUCGACAUCAAGAACCUCGUGCAAAAAUCGACACCAGAGGUGGUUGGCGAGGCACCGGUGGUAGCGAACGAGGAUACGGAGAUGGCUUGAAUGGAUUGCGGGAGCGCGGGUAUAAGGAUUGUAUAGUGA